AUGCCAAUUGCUCCACAAUAUUAUGCAUUAUUGCCUUUAAGCGUACGCCCCGAGCGUACGCGGCCAAAGCAAGCUGAGUGCACGAAAGGCUGCGAACAUGGCCAUUGCGACAAGCCCAAUCAAUGCAUUUGUCAAACAGGCUGGAAGGGACCGCUCUGCAACGAAUGCGAACCUUACCCCGGUUGCGUGCAUGGCACUUGCAACAAACCAUGGAAGUGCAUCUGCAAGGAGGGCUGGGGCGGUCUGCUCUGCAAUCAAGACUUGAACUACUGCACSAAUCAUCGUCCUUGUCAAAACGGCGGCACCUGCUUCAACACCGGUACGGAUCUAUACACCUGCAAAUGCCCACCGAACUUCACCGGCACCGAAUGUCAGAAUGAGAUCACCUCAUGCAAGGAAGGUAAUCCCUGUCAAAAUGGCGGCGCCUGUCACGAUGAAGCCUCAAAUCGCGGUUACAAGUGUGAGUGUUUGAAGGAUUGGGGCGGCCCGUUGUGUGARGAGAAAGUAAUCACUUGCUUGGACAAACCCUGUCGCCAUGGCAGCUGUCGCAACACCACGAAAGGUUUCCAAUGUGACUGCCCCAGCGGCUAUAGCGGACGCAUUUGUGAGCUUCAUGUGGACAACUGUAAUCCGAAUCCCUGCCAGCAUGGUGGUAGCUGUUUCAUGACCUCGUCCGGCAAUCACAAGUGCCAGUGUCGUAGCGGUUUUACUGGCAGCAUGUGUGAGCAAAAUAUCGAUGAUUGUCARGGCAAUCCCUGUCAUAACGGCGGCACUUGCAUUGAUAUGAUCAAUCAAUUCCGUUGUCAAUGCGUGCCCGGCUACUUGGGUUCACUAUGCUCUGAUAAAGUSGAUUUAUGUUUGACCAAACCGUGCGCCAACGGCGGCACUUGCACAAACUUGAACAACGAUUACAAAUGCACAUGUCGCGCCGGCUUCACAGGUAAAGAUUGUUCCAUUGACAUCGACGAAUGCAUAUCGGCGCCCUGUCGCAACGGUGGCACCUGCGUGAAUCGCGUCAAUAGUUUCCAUUGCGUUUGCGCCAACAACUACCACGGCAAACAGUGCGAGGAGGAGUCAUACGCAUCGGCGUCGUACAACGCACGCCAAUACGAGGUCACGCCACAAGCACGCAGCGAUGGCUUGACUAGUGGACAGGUCUUUCUCAUUGCCWUACUCUCGGUCGCCAUGCCGGUGGUGGCGGUGAUCGCUGCGUGCGUAGUGGUCUGCAUGAAGCGCAAGCGUAAGCGCGCGCAGGAGAAGGACGAUGCCGARGCGCGCAAGCAAAACGAACAGAAUGCGGUGGCGACGUUGCAUCACAAUGCGAAUGUUGGCGGUGGCAUGGGUGUAAUGAGCGGCGUGGUAGGUGGUGUUGGUUUGGGCGUCAAGCGCACUUCAUCCUCUGGCCUGACAUUCGACAACUCCAAUCCGAACAUCAUCAAGAAUACAUGGGACAAAUCGGUGAACAACAUUUCAGCGUCGGCGAGCACAGAUGAUUGCCUCAACACUUCGUUAUACGGCAGCGCGUUAGCCAACUACGCAGCAGACAACAACGCCAAUUCGGAAUUCUGCGGUGUCGGUCAAAUAGCACCAYURCAACGCGCCAAAUCACAGAAACAACUCAACACAGAUCCCACACUAAUGCAUCGCGCCUCACAAUUGUUGCAUAGCGCCGCAAGCGCYGUAGCUGGUGUAAGCGCUGCUGCUGURGCUGCCAACGCUGCCGGUGCUGGCAUGAGCGGUGUGGUUGGCGCUAAUGGCGCUGUCGGUGGUGUCGCAACCAAAGAGUAUGCCGUGCAUGGCAGCGGUGCUGGCGAAGGUAAACGCAUCUCAGUGCUGGGCGAAAGCGCCUACUGCAGUCAACGGUGGCCAUCGCUGGCGGCAGCCGGUGUGACUGGCGGUUGCGCGUCCCAAAUGAUGGCUGCCUCGGCGGCGGCGUCAGCGGGGAGCAGUGCCGGRGCGUCGGCUGCGCAUCAACAGCAGCAACAGGCGCGCGCCGUUAUGUGCGGCACGCCGCAUAUGUGAGCACAUCGCGCAGGUGAGCAGUUUUUGGCUGUGGCGUCAAAUAAGCGGCGCACACGCGUCAUACCGCGGGCGCGCACGUUUUUGGCGCGGUGGUGGGGGCACGCUUAACGCGCUGUUGUAUAUUUGCUACGAAAUUUCUUAAAAACACACACACAUAUAUAUAAAUAUAUUAAAAAUUUUUAUUAUUAUUCUAUGAUUUGCAAAUAUUUCGCCGCUGUGUAAAUGCGAGAAUUUUAGAGCGAAAAUGUGCUGCUACCCUUCUCAAUUAUAAAUAGUUAUAUAAUAUUUUCUUGUAAAUUUUCGCUAUUGAAAUGGACUGACGUUGAUAAGGAAUUUAUUGUAAAAAGCCGUAUAAAUAAUUAACAAUAAUUAGGCUUAAGUAAUUUAGUUGUGCGCACGAGCGAGCGAGCGAACGAAAGUGAGUGGCGUGCAGACGAAUUCGAAUUCGAAGAUGAUUCGGACAAAUUAUAUAGAAAUUUAGUUAAAAAGAAAUGUAUUAAAAUUUAACAAGUAUGCGUGUGCUUUGUAGUACUUAUGGAAAAAAGGACCUUAGUGUUAUGAAAUUUUUUAAUUGUUAAAGUAAUUUACUAAAUUGUAAUAUUUAUUAAGCCAAAAGCAUAGAAUUUUGACGCAUUCCGCAAUUAGCAAACGACGAGUAUUUUUGCAUGACGCAGACACACAACUGCCGCAUUGAGUUUAAGCAAUUACUUUCGGCACACCCUAAUAUGCAGUGCAUGUUUUCGCACUUAACCUCAAAAUUUUUGAUUUUUUUUUUAACAUUUUUUUCUUUUUUUGAAUUAGUUUCUCCAUACUUGCGGCGGAGCGCGCUGAUUGCUGUGACGACAUUUGAAUUAUCGUAAUGCUAGUAGUAUUUAAAGUUAAAGCCCAAAUGACAAAGGCGCUGUACUGUGCAAGCGUAAAUAAAAGACAAAAACAAAUACGAAAAAUGCCUGAAAACUUGACAUUUUAAACUGUUGCAUGCGUUUAGACAAAUCGAAAUUUUUGUGCUUCAAAAACAAAAACAAAAAAUUUAUAUAUAUAUUUUGUAUAUAAAAAAUCAACAAAA